AUGGCUUCAACAACUACUGACGAUUCUACGAUAUCAUCAUCAUCAUCAAGUUUUGAAAAACGUCUUACACUUGUUAAUAGUACACAAGAAAGUGUUCAAACAUUAUCAUUAUGGAUUUUAUAUCAUCGUUCUCAAUAUGAACAUUUAAUAAAAACAUGGUUUAAAGUUUUAAAAAAAUCUAAACCAUUACAUCGUUUAACAUUAUUUUAUGUUGCUAAUGAUGUUAUACAAAAUGCUAAAAAACAUAAUGCAUUAGUUUAUCAACAAGCAUUUAAACCUUUUUUAAAUUCUUCAAUGAUUUAUGUUAAAGAAAAUGCGAUUAAAAAAAAAGUUCAACGUAUACUUGAAAUAUGGCGUGAACGUGGUGUUUAUGAUGAAGAUUUUAUUGAUGAAUUAUUAAAAAAACUAGUUGGUACUGAAGUUUAUGAAAAAGAUAAAGAAGUAACUCGUGUUAUUGCUGAAUUUCAACCAAAAUCAUUAUGUGAAUCAUUAAUACGUUUUAAACAACUUGAAGGAGAAACACUUGUUAAGGAACAAAUGAUAAAUAAUGAUUUAAAACUUAUUGAUGGAAUGUCAAUUGAAAAUGUUCGAAAAUUAAAAGAUAAAACAUCAACUGAUGCAUAUUAUAUUGAAUAUGAAAAUAGUCGAGAAAAAUUUCAAGAAUAUGUUCGAUAUUUUGAACGUCUUUUACAUGAACGUAAAACAAUUAAACAACAUUGUAAACAGGCUGAAAUUUUUUACGAUGCACAAUAUCAAGAUGCAAAUAUUGUUGUUGAAGCAUACAAAAAUUUUGGUGAUAAAGUAGCAACAUUAAAGAAAAAACUUGAUAGUUUAAUAAGAGAUUUACCUGAAACUGUAUCACCACCAUCAGCAGAUAAUGUACCGUCACCUGGUAAGAAUAAAUUUUUCUUUUUGUUUUUUCUUGAGUAUAUUUACCAAUGAUACAUUUAUUCAAUUGUGUCCAAUGUUAGAUUUCAUAUAAUCUUUCGUUGAAUGCUUCAUAUUUACUAUUGAACAAGAACAUUCGAAUCAAAACUCUGACUAUGACAUAAGAAAAAAAAUAUUAUUUGAUUUCGAUUUAGUUUGACGGAGAUCUUAUAGCAAAAAGUCCAGACACGCGUUUUUUGCUACCAAUAUCUGGCAGUCUUUGUGUACAUAAGAACAAGUAAAGGAUCAAGAUUUUAGCUAUUUAUUGGCUUGUCUCAAAGUUAACGUACAGUUAUUUCCUUGCUGUCGACUUUCCUAUCACUCAAUUCUUAAUAAAUUAAGAAUUUUCAAUUAAUUGAAAUAAGCAUUAUGUUAACAACAAAAAAAGGAAAUUGAAUAGUUAAGUAAUAAAUAAAAUUCGUCAAAUCAAUAUUAACACCAAAAUCUUCAGCUGUAUAGAAUAAUUUUAGCUGUAUUUAUGUAAAUGAAAUCAAGCAAGUAAGGAGCUGUGGUCCACAUUUUUGUAAACUUGGCCCUGCAACUCUAGGUCUGACACUAGACAUGCACUGAAACUAAAGAGUCGCUGACAACCAUGAGCUUUGUUUUCUUACAAGAAGCUCGAAG